GGAUAAAUCCAGACAACUGUGAGGUCCAGCCCUUGAAAAAAAACUUCAUGUGCUUUUUUCAGAGCAACUGCACAAGGACCAGGAGCACAGAGCAGACUCUGGCAAGGCUCCAUCCAGCAACAUGGCAAAGCAUGUUGCGUGUCUCCUGCUAGUCCUUACCCUGGCACGCUCAUCCCUUGCACGGCCAAAGCUCCUACUGUUUUUGCUUGAUGGGUUUCGACAUGAUUAUAUCUCCGAAGAAGCACUAGAGUCUUUGCCUGGCUUCAGAGAAGUUGUCAACAGGGGAGUGAAAGUGGAUUACCUAACCCCAGACUUUCCCAGUCUUUCUUAUCCAAACUAUUACACGCUGAUGACUGGUCGUCACUGUGAGGUCCAUCAAAUGACUGGAAACUACAUGUGGGACCCAGUGACAAAUGCAUCUUUUGACAUUGGCAUGAACCAAGAGAGCCUCCUGCCUCUUUGGUGGAAUGGAUCAGAGCCCUUGUGGGUCACAAUGACAAAAGCCAAGAAGAGAGUCUCUAUGUACUAUUGGCCUGGCUGUGAAGUUGAAAUCCUUGGAGUCAAACCUAACUAUUGUAUACCAUAUGAAAAUGUUCCAACAGAUGCCAAUUUCUCCAAUGCUGUAAAUAAUGCCAUUGAGUCUUUAAGCAACGGUGCAGCAGAUAUGGCAGCCAUUUACUAUGAACGCAUUGAUGUAGAAGGUCAUCAUUUCGGCCCUUCAUCUCGUCAGAGGAAGAAUGCUGUAAAAGCAGUGGAUAAUGUAUUGCUCAGGAUGUCUAAGCUUAUCAAGGACAAGGAUUUGCAGAAUGAUUUGAAUGUCAUUUUCUUUUCUGAUCAUGGGAUGACUGAUAUUUACUGGAUGGAAAAACUGAUUGAACUGAAAAACUGCAUCAACAUGAGUGAUGUUAUAAAAGUAAAGGACCGAGGGCCAGUUGUAAGCCUGUGGCCAGAGAAAGGCAAGAAGAGUGAGAUAUAUAAUAAAUUGAAAAAGGUGCCAUAUAUGAAAGUCUACAUGAAAGAGGAUAUCCCUGCUAGAUUUUAUUAUAAAAAAGGAAAAUUUGUCUCUCCUUUGACAUUGGUAGCUGAGGAAGGAUGGUUCAUUGUAGAGAGCAGAGAAUCACUUCCGUUUUGGGAUAAUGGCACUGGAAAAAGAGAAGCUUGGCAGAACGGAUGGCAUGGCUAUGAUAAUGAACUCAUGGAUAUGAGAGGGAUCUUCCUUGCAUAUGGACCAGAUUUCAAGUCUAACUUCAGAGCUGCACCAAUCAGAUCAGUUGAUGUUUAUAAUGUUAUGUGCAAAAUUGCCGGAAUCCCGCCACUGCCAAACAAUGGAUCCUGGUCGAGAGUGGCCUGCAUGUUGAAAGAUAAUGCUGAUUUGGCCUCGUUGUUCCAAUGGAGCAGCUCUGUGCUGGGACUAAUUCUGUUUGCAUUGUUUGUAUAACAGAUCUUGUAACGCCAGUCUCAGUACAAUGUCAGUCAGUGU